AUGGAGUGGUGGUGGCAGCUCUUGUUAGGACUGUGGAUAGUCACGCCCAUUUGGGCUGGGGACAAGCGGCUCAAUGUCUGCAUGAAGACCAAGCACCACAAGCUGGAGCCUGGGCCAGAGGACCAGCUCUACGAUGAGUGCACCCCCUGGAAGGACAAUGCCUGCUGCACGGCCAACACAAGCUGGGAAGCCCACCUGGAGGAGGCCUUGCUCUACAACUUCAGCUUGCUUCACUGUGGACUGAUGAUGCCCGAUUGUGAGAAGCACUUCAUCCAGGCCAAGUGCUUCCAUCAGUGCUCCCCAAACCUGGGGCCUUGGAUCCAGCAGGUGGCCCCAUGUGAGCAGGAAGAGCGGAUUGUGGACGUACCCCUCUGCCAGGAGGACUGCGUGCAGUGGUGGGCAGACUGCCGCACAUCCCGAACUUGCAAAUCCAACUGGCUCGGUGGCUGGGACUGGAGCCGGGGGAGGAGCCGCUGUCCUGAAAGGUCCCGCUGCCUUCCUUUCCCCUAUUACUUUCCCACCCCGGCUGACUUGUGUGAGAAGAUUUGGAGCAACUCCUUCAAGGCCAGCCCUGAGCGCAGGAACAGUGGGCGGUGUCUGCAGAAGUGGUUCGAGCCCUCUCAGUGCAACCCCAACGUGGCCGUGGCCCAGUUCUUUGCCAGCCCUGCCCCAUCUUGGGAACUCUCCUAUACUCUCAUGGCCUUCUCUCUGUCCCUGCUGUUUCUUUCCUGA